AUGGAUCACAGAAUCGGAUGCAUCCAUCGACAUCAAAAAGACUCCCAUUUGGUGUUUCGGCUACCAGAAGUUGUCAAUUUGAUUGUGCAACAUCUUGUCAAAGACUAUGAUACAUCAUCGCCAUCGAAAUCUCUUUUUGAUUGGAUAUACCCAUGCCUUUUUGUCAAUCGCUUAUGGCACGAUUGUGCUGCAAGGAACAUGUACAGGAACCUCACAUUCGGCCAAGGCCAACAUGAUUUGAAUGCGUUUCAAAAUUUUGUGUCAAUUCUCGGACAGCAUACAACGACAGCGCCUUUACAAAUGUCUCCUGCUUCCCUCGCCAUUGGUAACAAGGACGACAUCCCCAUGAUUGAUCCUUACCAAGUUGACAGUAGUCCACCGAGUAAUAUCAAUGAAAAUGAGGUGGAUGAUCCAAGAGUAUCGGUUUAUCGGCGAUCCGUACGACACCUUACAUUGUACAAAGUCAAGGAUGAUUCUGUAACUGAUAAAUUGACAUGUCUCAGCAAGCACGUUCGUCGCCUUGAGCAUCUCGAAUUAUAUAUAUGCGAACCUAUCAUUGAUAGCGCUGUGCAACCUUUUGUGAUGGCGGGUCAUUUGACUUAUCUAUCACUGGCUGGUAGCUUUCAAGUAACUGACAAGCUGAUUCAUGCAGUGGCAAAACAUUGUUCACGUUUACAACAUCUCGAUUUACGUGCAUGCAGCGAAAUAUCAGACGACUCUAUCAGCUCUGUAGCACUACACUGCCCAAGCCUUGAGCAUCUCAAUGUAGGGCGUAUCAAGGAAAGACAUCGUAUCACUUCACGCUCCAUCAACUUGAUUGCAGAGAAUACCAAAGUGCGCGUGUUAGGCUUUGCAGGAUGUGAUUUGGAUGAUGAGUGCAUGAUUCGACUUGCCGUACACCGUAACCGAUUUAUGGAACGUAUCUCAGUCAACAAUUGCCAUCGAUUGAGCAACGCAUCCAUUCGUGCCUUUGCUAAACAUUGUACAAAACUCUCCGUAUUUGAGAUGAAAGAGUGUCAUUUAAUCGACGACUGGGAUACUGUUGCCCAGCUAGUAGAACGCAAGGUGCUAUUAACGUUAUGCGAACAACAAAAUCGAGCAUGUGCACAAUGGGCGAAGACGAAUGGACGUAUUAUUCGUGUCAAGGCACCUUACAAAUAG